GGUGGCAGCACCUCCCUAUAAUACAGUCAGCCAUUUUGUAUAUCAGGGAGAGGGUGGAACGCGAUUGUACGACAUUUACGUUUCAGGAUACCUUAUUCAACAUCGACAAAAACUACUUCGGACAGAAAAACCUCCCCAACGACAUCCACCUUCUACUACCACCACAAGUCGGCUAACCGCACACUGCACACCGCAAGUCGGGUAACGGUCAUGGCUGGUAGAGGGACGGCACAGCGACCGAAUGGCGCCGGAGCGGCGGGCAAGAUCUGUCAGUUCAAAUUGGUGCUGCUAGGCGAGAGCGCCGUGGGAAAGUCGAGUCUGGUCCUGCGAUUCGUCAAGGGUCAGUUCCACGAGUACCAGGAGAGCACGAUAGGCGCCGCGUUCCUCACUCAGACUGUCUGUCUCGACGACCUCACGGUCAAGUUCGAGAUAUGGGACACCGCGGGGCAGGAGCGAUACCACAGCCUCGCGCCGAUGUACUACCGAGGCGCGCAGGCCGCCAUCGUCGUCUACGACAUCACCACCCAGGACACGUUUAGCAGGGCGAAGACUUGGGUCAAGGAGCUGCAAAGGCAGGCCAGCCCGAACAUCGUCAUCGCGCUCGCGGGAAACAAGGCGGACCUCGCGAACGGCCGGAUGGUGGAGUUUGACGAGGCACAGGCGUACUCGGAGGAGAACGGACUGUUGUUCAUGGAGACGUCGGCCAAGACAGCAAUGAACGUCAACGACAUAUUUCUCGCGAUAGCGAAGAAGCUUCCUAAGAACGAUCAGGCGGGCGGCGGCGCGGUGGGGCAGGGCGGCAGCGGCAGCCGGCGGCUGGAUGAGGGCGGCGCAGGGUCACAGGGUUCGACGGGAAAGUGCUGCAAGUGAUGCAGGCGGCGGGCACCCGCGCGCCGCACGACCAAUCUUUCACUUACACUCGUUUGCUACGACACGUGAUGACGACAAGAGGGAGAGAGAGAGAGAGAGAGCCGCGCCCUCCCCCGUCUUGGAUGCUGCCCCCGCGCGCGUGCGAUUGCGCGCCGGGCAGGAUCCCCGAUAUCGCAACGAUCCGAACAUCGCCGGGCCCUCACCGAAAGUAGAGACCCGGUUGCAAUUGAUCCCACAAUCAUAAAAACUGCAGACUCGGGCUUGUUGCCCCCCCCCACAGUCACGUCGCGACGUUGCAAAAUGAGCUAUGAGGUGAACCGUAGGGGGAGGGGGGGAGGCAAGCACAUGCGCUUGUUGCGUCACGUCCCCGUAUCUUGCAGCGACAUAGCGAAACUAAAAGACCGACGCGAUAGGAACCGAGCGGUUACCGUUGCGUCGAUACAAAAUUUACCGCUUCAAACGCAAGCAUCAAAAUGUGAAAUGAGCAACUUCGGGCAAGGGUACAUGAAGAGUUUGGCAGCAUACUGCAGGGAGGAUGAGAUCGCUCAAUUUCACCAACUUGUGUAAGACAACAUAUAUGUAAUGUACAGGUACGAAUAGGUAUUGAGCCAUCUUACUACUAGUUUAAAUCUUGUUUUCAGACGCGGUAGUACGAACCGGAAGGUGUUACGCAAGGUUACACAUGCAUGCUUACCUCCCUUAGUUCAUGACAAUGGUUUUUUUCAUACUAAAGUUAUAAUUGUAUGAAAUAAUUUUUGCAGUUUCGAGUCUAAGAGACGUUUAGUUAAACCAUGAGUUCAUGUACAGAUUUAGGUUGCAAAUUGACCUAUCACCGUAUACUUCGUGAAUGUAUCACGUGUGUGGUCGCACAUGUAUACUAAUGACACGUUAACGAGCUAAACAUUAUGAAAUCAGUUAGGCAUAAUUAUUGUAUUGUUAAGAAGUGUUUUGAUUUUUCAUGGUGUCCAUUGUAGAAGGAAAGAUGUAUAGAGAGAAUAUAUUCAAGUUUACAUAAUAUACUUGUAUAUCAUCACAUAACUGACAUAUGGAAUUACAGAACGGUUUGAAUAUAUGUAUAGCAGUUGCCGAUGCUUACUAUUAAAAGGAUCACUGAAUGGGCCCAAAAUAGUGUACAACUGCCAGAUGGGAUGUAACACACGGUAUUUAAUAAGGCUGCCUUUCUUUUGUACACAUUGCUUUUCUAUCUGCAGGCUUUCUGUUGGGCGGAUUUUAUCUUUAAUUGAAUUAUUCAUUUGACAAAAACUGUAUCGAAUUUCGGUGUGUAUUAUAUAAUGAAUCACUAAUAAAUGUCUGUGCAUGAUAA